AUGAGUGUGAUCAUUCGUCUGCAGAACCUGCCCUUGGCGGCGAAUGCGUCCGAUGUGCGCUCCUUUUUCAAGGGUCUGUCGAUUCCCGACGGUGGCGUACAUAUCGUCGGCGGUGCGCGUGGCGAUGCGUUUAUAGCGUUCAGUACCGAUGAAGAUGCACGUCAAGCGAUGUCGCUUAAUGGAGGUUAUAUCAAGAAUGGACCAAUAUCACUGCUACUGUCUUCCCGUACCGAAAUGCAGAAGGUGAUCGAACAGGCACGGAAGGCCGCCCUUAGCUACAUGCAACUGAAACAAGCAGCGGCAACCGUUGCGUCCACCGUGCCGAGCGCUGUGAUACCCAAGACGCGAACACCCACUACCGCCGUGCAACAACCCCAACCGCCGGUAAUAUCUUUGGCUGGAUUUUUGGCGAAAGCAAACGCGGCCCAGCUAUAUAAUGCUACUGCAACUCCGGUUGUAGCGUCAGCCAAGGGCACCACGGUUCCAUCUUUGAGCCCACUCUUAUCCCAAGGAUCGGCUUACAACGAAAUACCUGGUCUGUCCUUUCUUUCAUCCGAUGCACCGCAAACCGGUGACGUCGGUGCUGUCUCUUCGUUGGCCGGAGCGGGAAUUCCGUCGGGUGCUAAUGGUGGGCUUAGCGGGUGGCUUUCGGCGUUGAAUGGUUCGGGUUUGAAGGGACCCACUAUCAAUGACGUACCGCGCCCCAUCAUUGUGGAUGAUUCGACACCGUGGAAAUUUUUGAAAAAGGAUCGUUCGAGCCGUAGCCGCUCCAGUUCGCGGGACCGUUCGCACCGGAGAAGCAGCCGGUCGUCUUCCCGCGAUCGCCGCCGAAGUCGCUCUUCAUCGCGUGACAGAAGGCACAAAAGGGAUGGACGCAGUCGCUCUUCCUCGCGAGAUCGUAACAACCGAUGGUCACGUAGUUCCAGCCGCGAGUACGGUAGAAAUCGAUCAAGAAACAGUCGCAGUCCCAGCCGCGAUCGGUUCGGUCGGACGCGUCAAAGAAGCCGCUCGCGAUCGCUGGAUCGACGCAGCCACGAUAGUAACAGCCGUGAUCGGUAUGACGCCUCGAACGGUGGUCGUUCGAAUCGAGUAUCGCGCUUUUCCGACCGAGGCAAUUCUAAUUUCAAUGGCCAGCAACAGAUGCAAAAUUCGGCGGAUAAUAUGUUUGGAGGUAUGAACCAAAUGGUUGAACCCAUCUACGGACUUCACACGAUGCCCGGUGGUAUGGUAGAAGGUGGACGCUCGCGGCUUGGGCCAAACCAACCAAGUCAUUUCUCUAAGAUUAGUGGCACAACAUCGUCGGGUUCGUUUGGUUCGAAUGGUGGACUCGGGCAGGGCGGUGCGUUCCGUAACACGUCGCCACUGCCGGAAGGUGUUUACACAAACACGCACAAGACAAAUAAUGGUCCGACGACAAGCGAUUUUGCGGUCAAGCUGUCCAACUUUGAGGUACCUACCGGGUACGGUGAGAUUAGGCGAUUCUUUAAGUCCCACAUGAUAUCGACGCAAGGUAUCAAGAUGAUCAACGAUCAACAUGGCCGGAGAACGGGCAUUGCCUUUAUUCAGUUCCUGCGUAAGGAAGGCAAACAGCAUGCACUAAUGCGCGAUGGGACGAUAAUGCGCCGGACGCGUAUUAGAAUAGAGUCUAUUACGGAUCAAGACUUUGAAUCGGCGAUCGACUCAUACCGACCGGGUAACGAUAAUCAAUCGCAGGACCAGCAGGGAUGGAGGAACGCACGUACCGUUAACCAGUGGAACAUGAACCAAGACGACUCGAGGCACAUGGGUGGCGAAGACUCAAAUAAUGUGCCGCGCAAACAAUUCUCAGACAAUGGCACAGCGUCAACAACCACUACGCUGGUGGUGUGGAACUUGCCGUCCUUUACCACCGAGCAAGAUAUUAUGAAGAUGUUUUCCGAUUAUACCGUCGUCGAGGUGCUGAUUGUGCGAAAUCAUUACGCACCAAAGCAGACGGAUGGAUAUGUGAAGUUUCACCGGUCGGAAGAUGCCAAAGAGGCAUGGACCAUGAUACAUCGACACUACAUCGGCAAUAAGAAGGUUGUGGUGCAGGCAUGUGAGGAGAUUGACUAUGAGGUUGCGAAAAAUGAGUACGAGAAUCCGGGCGCAGAUAACGACAACUCGUCGGAGCAGGACAACACCAACGUGCAGUUCGAUCAAAAUACUGAGCAAUUUAAUAACGGCGAUUCGGAGCCUGGAAAUGAUGACAAUGACACCAACGGGGGCAAUGAUGGUCGGCAGGGCCGUAACAAUAAGCAGAGCACUAGGUGGGAUUCGGUUGAAAGGAAUUGGGAUGAGCCGGGUGACAAUAACCAUCCGGCGACAAGUAUGAUGGACGCACAACGACGGUUAGAUGGCGAUGGGGGAGCUAGCUCGGAUACGAACUGCUCUUGGAACAAUCGUGAUCCUCGUUUGCAACGCGACGAUGAAUCGGGCGACAACGGGGAUGACAGCAACAGUAACUUCAACAAUAACACCAUGAACAACAACAAUAACUCCAACCGACAGGGCAAUUCGCGCGAUCCACGCAAACCUCCCAACCGGUUCAGUGGUGGCAAUGCCGCGGUAGAUAAUAGCGAGAUGUUCCAGCGUACCAACUGGCUGCUGCUCCGGAACGUUGACUUCAGCGUGUACGAAGAGGACGUGUACGCGUUCUUCGGCAAUGAUGGGUUCCACGCGAAAACGGUGCUGCUCGUGCACAAUGAGCGUGGUGGCCGUACGGGCGAAUGUUUGGUAGAGUUUGGAUCGCCGAGUGAAGCGCACCAUGCCGAGUCGAAGUCAUCGCAGAACCUUGGCCGCCGGAAAGUGUUUGCCAGCCAUCUUGACCGGGGUCAGGUGGCGGAUCUGAUGGCCCGCUUCAAUGCGAUCGCACAGGGUCUGCAGCCGUCCUGGCUGCCGGACCAUAUGCAGAACAAUGGUAAUGGGAAUAAUGGCGAUGAGCGGAAUGAUGAUCCGGAGAAGAAUCAGGGCGUUGGCUGUGGACCGUACCGUACCUCAACCGUCGGUUUGCUUAACUUGGCCUACAAGACAUCGGUGGAGGAUGUGCAAAAAUUCUUCCAGGAGUUUAACCUACCGCUGGAAAAUGUUCGACGCCGGUUCUUGGACAAUGGUCAACCCACCGGAGAAGCGAUGGUACGCUUCCAAAACCAUCAGGAUGCAGAGAAAGCGUUGAAUGAAUAUCAAAACAGGCGGCUGUUCGGUAGGAAUGUGCGUAUCCGAUUGAUCAAUGAUGACUGA